AUGCCUGGAGAUACAGUUCCUGCGUGGGCGCCCAAGGCUGCGUUGGUCGGGGGCACAGCGGCGCUCAUCGUGACCUUGAAGUAUCUCAGCUCCAAAAAGACUGUUGAAGGCGGAGGGGUCAAGAAAGAGGUCAAGGCAGGCGGCGGCAAGCAUGAGAGCCACGAGGCAGGCAUCAGCGUCAAGGCGUCCCAGGUACACCAAGUAGCGGAGUACAUCGCGGACGCGGGAGCUAAGUGGGAUGCGAAAGUCAAAGCUGAGGACGUGAACAAGGUUGGCGAACUCAGCAAGUACCUCGCGUUCCAGGGUGAGUACAAAACCUCCUUCGCCGCACGGCCCGACGUUGGCGAAGGGGUGCUCGUGAAGGUGACUGACUGGAAGCUCCUCACCCCCGAGGAUUACGACCGCACCUGCUUCCAUGUCGAAUUUGACAUCGCAGGCACCAGCAUCGAACACUUGUGCAACGGCGCCCACGGCACGGCCCUGUCAGUUUACUCCACGAACGACGCGAAGAAGGUUCAAGAGUUCUUGCAGGCGAUGAAGCUCGAUCCGCAAGCAGUGGUCCCAGUCGAUGAGAUCGCGCCCCAAGAGGAAGACGGCAUGACCGUGCUCACUACCGUGGAGAAGCUGUUCACACAGUACCUGGAUUUGUUUGGAAAGCCCACUCGUGAAUUCUUGAAGAAACUUUUCCCAUACGCUGUGGACAUCCAGGAGAAGGUGGCGAUCGCCGAGUUGACUCUCGAGCGGAAGAUGGAGGACUUCCAGGACAGGCAGGCUCGAGCACUGACCUUUGCCGAUUAUUUUUUGGAGUUCCCUUCCUUGAAGAUCCCGGUCGAGAAGUACGCGGAGCUGGUGCCGACGAUCAAGCAGAGAGUCUAUUCGAUCUGCUCCUCGACCGACUACCGGCCGGGCAAGUGCCAGCUGCUGGUCGUGAGGGAGGACUGGCAGGCAAAGGGGGGUGACACUAAGUACGGCCUUUGCUCCAGCUUCCUCACGUUCGUUCGGUCCGGCCAGUGGUGCGUUGCGCACUCGACUCACUCGGUGAUGCACAUGCCCGAGGACAAGAGCGUCCCGGUGUUCAUGGCUGGCCUCGGCACCGGCCUGGCCCCUUUCCGCGCCUUCGUGGAGCAGCGCAGGCACGAGAAGUCUAAGGGGAUCACGGUUGGCCCGCUGACCCUCUUCUUCGGGGGCCGCUACUCCAAGGCCGAGUACUACUACCGCGACGAGUUCGAGCUGUACGAGCGCGAGGGCCUGGUGAAGUGCUGCAACGCGUGGUCGCGCGACACGUCCAAGAAGGUGUACGUGCAGCACAAGAUCAUGGAGGAGGACGAGGCCAUCUGGAGGGACCUCGGGAGGGAGGGCUCGAAGGGCGCCUUCUUCCUGUGCGGCUCCAAGCAGCCCGAGAAGGACGUCUUCGCGGCCAUCGCCCGCGAUCUUCCAGGCCAAGGGCGGCCUGUCCGAGGCGCAGGCCCGCGCGAAGAUGGACGAGCUCCAGGCGGCGGGGCGCUACGUGACGGAGGUCUACUGAGUUAG